CACACACACACACACACACAAGCUCUCAGAGACCGCACAAGCACAGCUUCCAGUCCUCUGUUCUGUCACUGACCAUGUGUCACUCAAUCUUUGAGACGGUUGUUAAGUGAUGAUUUUAAAAAGCGAAUCUGAAAACGAUCCUGGACUUGGUUCCAUGACACGAAGAUGUAUUGACUGCUUGUUAGGCGCUGGGCACCUAGUUGUGUUUUGUAGGAAACUCAAGAACUGCUUGCUUAAUACAGUUGGCAGAAUCAUGGUGGGGGAAAAUGUGCCAGGGUUCGCAGUACUUUUUCACGUUCUACUGGACGGCGUUGCACCAUUUAGUACGUAAAUACCUAUUGAGGGCUCACUCUGGAAUGCUGUCUGUGGUUCCCGGCUGGAGAGGUUUAAGGAAACUCACGGACCACGCCAGGACCAAGACACACCUGCAAAUGGUUUGACAGCUGAGGUGGAUCAGUAACAUAGGAACUUUUUUUUUUUCUGGCUGCCUAGGCGACCCGACAGGAAAUACGCGAAGGACCGCGCCGCUGCGCAGCCGCAGUGCACCUUAGUCGCCGCGGUAACCAACCCCUAGUCUGUGUCUCGCUAUGAGCGCCCGGGUAGCUCGGGCCGGGUGGGCCUGGGGCUCUUGGGGACGCCGCGCCGCCUCGAGCCACCGGGAGCUGCCGCCGAACGCCGUGGACGUGGCGGAGCUGCUGCGGGACGCCAGCUCGGCCGAGGCGGGGGCCCAGGAGGCGGUGGCGCGGCGACCGCCUGCACGCUGCUCAGUGCUGCUCUUCCCCGGUCAGGGCAGCCAGGCGGUCGGCAUGGGUGCCGGCCUGCUCGGCUUCCCGCGCGUGCGCCAGCUCUACGAGGCCGCGCACCGGGUGUUGGGCUACGAUCUGCUGGAGCUGUGCCUGUACGGGCCACAGGAGGACCUGGACCGCACGGUGCACUGCCAACCCGCCGUCUUCGUGGCCUCGCUGGCCGCCUUGGAGAAGCUACAUCACCUGCAGCCGGCGGCCAUUGAGAACUGUGUUGCUGCAGCUGGAUUCAGCGUGGGAGAGUUUGCAGCCCUCGUGUUUGCCGGGGCCAUGGAGUUUUCUGAAGGUCUGUAUGCGGUGAAGGUCCGAGCCGAAGCUAUGCAAGAAGCAUCUGAAGCUGUCCCCAGUGGGAUGCUGUCUGUCCUCGGCCAGCGUCAGUCCAACUUCUCCUUUGCCUGCAUGGAAGCCCAGGAGCACUGCAAGUCCCUGGGCAUAGAGAACCCGGUGUGCCAGGUGUCCAACUACCUCUUUCCCGACUGCAGGGUCAUCUCAGGACACCUUGAGGCCCUACAGUUUCUCCGGAAGAAUUCUGCUAAGUAUCACUUCAAGCGCACCAAGAUGUUGCCGGUGAGUGGAGGCUUCCAUACCUGCCUCAUGGAGCCGGCCGUGGAGCCCCUGGUGAAAAUUCUAGGCACAAUUAACAUCAAGAAGCCACUGGUUGCUGUGCACUCCAACGUCAGUGGGCAUAAAUACAUGCACCCCCAGCACAUCCGGAAGCUGCUGGGGCAGCAGGUGGUAUCUCCGGUGAAAUGGGAACAGACGAUGCACUCCAUCUAUGAGCGGAAGAAGGGCACCGAGUUCCCCAGCACCUUUGAGGUAGGCCCAGGGCGGCAGCUGGGAAGCAUCCUCAAGAGCUGUAACAGGCAGGCGUGGAAGUACUAUGACCACGUGGAUGUGAUGCAGACCAGUGUGGAUCCUGACCUCUGAGGGCCGUGUGUGGAAUGGCCCCAGGAUGAGCCUCUGUACCUGCCCUCUUUCCUCAGACUUGAGGACAAUGGUCACUGCAGUGUCAGCUGUGGCUAAGGCUUCCCUCAGAGCAUAGCCCUUGAGUGGCACAUUGUGUGACUCAGCCCAUCCCUACACCUGACAAGCCGUCUGGCUGCUGGGGGAAAGAAUUCCCCCAGACCACCUGCCCGGCCGGCAUG